AUGUCAAAAAUUGAAUCUGAUGCCCUCAAACUACAAACCAUGUGUUCUGCAAUUGCACUGUGCUUCAUGAAUGAAGCUGUGGGUCAACAGAGUGAGCUUGCAGCUGGAGGUCAUAAAGCAGUCACAAAUGAGAAAGGGUGUAAAAAGAAAACCAAAGCUGCAGCAAAUGUCAUUCAGCAGCCAAAUCCUUUGGAUCAAACAUGUAUCCACCCUGAAUCAUAUAAUAUUGCAAUGAGGUUUUUAAUACUUAUUGGAGAAAGUCACUGCCAAAUAGGAAAGUCAAAAAUGCAGCAGAAAGUGAAUUCAAUAAUUGAAAGAGAAGGGAUUGAUGGAAUUACAAAACAAUUGAAUACAACAGAACAAACACUGCAAAUAAUAAUUGAUGGGUUGACUCAGCCAGAAAGUUUUGACAUUCGGAAAGAUUUUGAUCAACCCGAUUUCAAAAAAAGCAUUGUUUGUCCUGAAGAUUUAAGAGUUGGAACUAUUCUCACAGGAAGAGUUGAAAACGCUACUCUCUUUGGAGUUUUUGUUGACAUUGGAGUGGGUAAAGCAGGACUAAUUCCAAUUCGUAGCAUAACAGAAGACAAACUUUCAAAAGCAAAGAAAAGAAGAAGCCUCGGUCUUGGUCCAGGAGAAAAAGUUGAAGUCAGAGUGCGUGAAAUUGAUCUUUCACGUUCCAGAAUAAGUUUAGAGUUGAUACGUGUAUUGUGAGCAAUUUGUAGACGUUUUUCAUAGUAAGGGCUACUAUCUCAACCAUGAUGAGGAUAAUGUAGUAGAAAAAUGAGGAGCAAGUUAGAAUCUUCAUUCAAAUUACAACUAAAAGAGCAUGUUGGCUAUUGACAAAAAAGUUGUAUGAGUUACUGUAGUAAUCUAGAGUGCAAAGGCUGUUAACUUAGCUAUAAUUACUUGUAGUGGUUCUUUAAAACAGUUGUGAAAGUCACUUAUUUCUUACAUCCAGCCCUUGGCUUCCAUGAAACCCACUAAAAGAUAGAAUACUUUCAUAGGCAUUUGUGAAACAUGUAUGUGGUUUAAUAAGUGCCUGAAACAAACCAUCAUUCCUCAAGCAAAGGAAAUGACUAAAUCCCACUAAUCAAAAUGUCAAGCUUUAACCUACAAUAUUUUAUCAAGGGUGUACUUGAUUUCUAGGUGCUUGUUUUAACUCCCAUUUCCAUAGUUGUAUAUUUCAAAUUUAACUGUUAAAAAGGUAAAAAAAAUAUUCAAAUGUUUAAGUGAGUAUUAUGGAACAUUGUAUCUCCAAUUGUAGUUAACAAUUUGGUUAUGAUAGUUCAUGUCUUUGACCAUUUUCCCUUCCACAAUCUUUCAUUCCUAUUAAUGGGAAAAAUCAUAUCAGAAAAAAUCCUUGAUCAGAAAUCUCUCUAUGGUAAACUUGUGCCUGGCCUGUAUAAAACAUUCUCUUCAUAUAAGGAUAUCAGAAAAAAAUAAUUUCUUACUCUUUCCAUAUCAGCUUAAUUUUGUAUGAGGAAGGAUUUUGUCUGCAUGAAGGAACAUUCAGCCACCUUAUUCCAUUACCAUAAUGUGAAAUAAUGCAGGCCUGACCCAGUUUUUUUUAUAAAAUUGUUUAAAUUUCAAGGGUAACUUGAGCAAUUAACUCCAGCAUUACAUUAUGUGUAAAAUUUUAUUAGCUUCCAUGUAAUUAUUAACCGUUUUUGUUAUAGAGAGAAUCUGUCUUUUCCUUUGCAGCCUCGCCUCAGUAGUGGCUCUAUGGAUCUGUUCCUAAAAAUGUUUCUUUAAAAGGUUUUAAUUUAUGCUUAUUUUAGCUUUGCUAGCUUAUUCUUUUUAAAAGGGAAUAGCAAUAAUAGAAAUCAAGUUUGUUUAGAUCCCAAAUUACAGGGAAUGUUAUAUCAACCUGGAAAAAACUUUACAGCAGGUGCAGAUUUUUUUUUAAUAUAUGUAUUGAGUUACACAAUACAUUGUAAUUUUGAUAAACGGCAUUUUCAUUUUA